CAUUACUGCUAACUACACAUUAAAAAAAUACUUUUUUUGAGUUUUCGACUGCUUAAUGCUGCUGUAAGAGUAUAAUCAUUUCACACAUAUACACUGCAUACUGCUUAUUUUUUCGAUUUUGUACAACAAUUGUAUAUGUUUAGAAAUAUUCUCUCUUUCUCUCUGUCUAACCUGGAAGGCAAGAUCUUUUGAAAAACUUCAUCAUAUUGUCUGUAACUAAACAAUAAUUAUGACUACAAAUAUGGGAUUAUUGUUAUAUUUGAAGGAGCUAAUAAUUUUAACCAUCAAAGUAAUCCUUGGCAUUAUUUAUGAUUGCUUUGAAACACUGAAAUUGUACGCGUUCCCUGUUUACAAGGAUAUCAGUGAUGAUGUUAUAUUAAUUACAGGUGCAGGGAAUGGAAUUGGUCGUGAAAUGUGUCUACAAUUUGCUAAGCAUUGUUCAAAUAUACUAGCGUUGGAUGUGGACGAAAAAGGUCUUGAGGAAACUGCUGUUUAUGUGAAAAGUAGAAGAGGUGUACAAAUUAAACCAUACCUAUGUGAUUUAAGUUCUCUAACAGACAUUGACCGUACUGUCAAUGAAAUACUAGAAGAUUAUGGUCGUGUUACAAUCUUGGUGAAUAAUGCUGCAAUUAUUAAUUUAUUGCCAUUGCUGCAUCUCAGUUUAGACAAAUUUGAUAAAUGCUUUAGAGUCAAUCUUUAUGCGUACUUCUAUCUGAUCAAAGGAUUGCUACCAGGCAUGCUUGGCACAUCAGUGUCAUCAGACUGUUCAAAUCACACGAACAAUAGACCUGCACGUGGUCAUAUUGUAUAUGUAUCCUCUGGUGGGGGACUACUACCAGUUCCUCGGUAUACAGAUUAUUGUGCAACUAAAGCAGCCGGUUUAUUAUUAUCUGAAAGUUUAGAAUUAGAAUUGAAAGAGAUGGGUGUUGCUGAUCAAAUACACAUCACUCGUGUUAUACCACAUAUUGUAAGAACAAAAUUAGUCGGACUUAUUACAGGAUCGAAGUCUCCAUUACUCCCACUGUUAGAACCAGAAGAAUGUGCCAAACAGAUUGUAGAUGGCGUUCUUCAGAACAAAUCAGUUGUUUAUAUUCCUCGUAUUGUUCGCCUAAUGGCUAUCUUAAAGAUUCUAUCACCGAACUAUGCCAUGUCUGUCAUUAGAAAUUAUUUUCGAGAAAAGUUACUUUUCUCUACCAACGGAACAAAAUAGAGAAGCGCUUGUGAUCGGCAAGAUGAAAUUUAAUUUUUUAAAAUUUAUCUUUACUGCACAUUAGUGAUGAUUGGUUUUGUUGAACACCGUGUGAAAUAUGACUAGAACUGGCUUUAGCU